GCUCUGUGCACAAGCCACGAGGCACCGAAGUGGGCAUCUUCAAGUGGUGGGCAAUGCUUUAGCCCAUAAAACGGAAAGAUGACUGGUACACUAAAAGAAGGCUCCAAUAAUGAUAUUUUAAUUAUAAUACAAGAGAAAACAAGGAAACAGCUUUUGUGUAUCUAAUUGGAAACCACUAAAUCUGCUAAUUGCUUUUGCAAAACAUGUAUAAUCAUAGCGAACAUUCAUACUUCAGAUUUGAAUGAGUAUUACUAGACACCAAGCAUUAUGGUAAAUGAAAAUUGAAAAAACUAGAAGAUUUUUUAUGUUUGUAUCAAUGCAAAGAUGUUUUUGGAAGGCAUCAGAGAAGCUUUGCAAGUCCUGCAACAGUACAAUACCCAGAAAUUUUGAGGAAUUGCUUCAAACUCCAACCAGAGUUCUUGUUAUUUUUCACAAGGACUAUUAGAAGAUGUGCAAAAAAACAGUUCUGCCUUUGAAAAUAUCAGUACGGUUGACAAGGAAGUGUCCAGCUAGAGUAUAUUUUUAGUUAUUUUAGAUAUCUAACAAUGGGACGUAGUGGGGGCCAUCUUCUCUGCGUAUCUGUUGUGUAUUAAAGAAAAGGUAAAAGAGGAUUAUGUUCAAAAGAUCAGACUAUAUUUUUCAAUUCCUAAUUUAUAAUUAUGCUAAUUUCCCUCAAGGCCUCAAUAAAUAUAAUCUAUCUGAGCCUCAAGUCCUUUAUGAUGCAAAGGGAACUUAUACAAUUGUUUGAACAUACCGUCAAAGAAAAGCAGCAAAACAUAAAAAACAUCAAUUUGCAAAAGGCAAAGGCUAUAGCAUUGAGUAAUCUGGAAAGGAAUAAAUUCCAAAGAGCGUGUAGAAAGGGAGAUGAUGGUGGAGUAGUCAUAAAGCUACAGAUCACUGCUCCUCUUAAAAAAGGACAAGCAAGAACACAUGGCCUCAAAUUAUAAAACAUAUUCAAACCUUUUUGUCACAAUAUCAAGGAUCAAAUUCAGAAUUUCUGAGCAUUUUCAGUUUGGCUUUCAUCAGGAAACACAUUUACCAAUCGCUGAAACAUCUCAAUCGUCUUAAUGGAAAGCACAUCAUCUAAGACAGAUGUUUUAAAGCCUGUAAUCCUCAAAGCAGGUGUUCCUUUAGCUGUAUCUUUCGCUGGGUUCAUCUACGCCUGGAUCCUGUCAAAGAAAAGCCUAUCUAAGGCCUUUUCUUCAUCAGGAACUAGAGUAAAUUCCUCAGAAACUGAUUCUCAGCAAGGGAUUACACGUGAAGAAAGUUAUCAUAGCCUUGCUUCUAUGGAAGAAGAAGUUCCUACACCUAAAGAUACCAGAGUUCUUACAGGAACCUCCGUUCUUCAUGACUACCCGUGUUUCGAACAAGAGAUUAAUGGCCUACGAAGCCGGGUUGAAGAUCUGCAAUUGAGGGAGUUGGUGUUACGGUUGCACUUUAACCAUUUCUGUGAUUUGAAAGAGAAAGAGUCUCUGCUUAUGGAAAUCCGAAAUUUGCUGUCCCUGGAGAGUGCUCGCGUUGAUUUCUAUGAUAAGGAAAUUUCGUCAAUGGAGGCAGAGAACAAGAGGUUGGAGACAUUCGUUGUCCAAUAUCUGGACAUCAUUGAACAGCUUGAGCAGUGGAAAUCAGAGAAUAGAUUGCUUCGGAGGAAGGUUAAGAAGCUAGUGAGAAAAUCAGAAGCACAAUCUCGCCUCGGUCACGAGCAAACUUUGAUUAUCAAGGCCCAAGAAAAAGAAAUAAUCAGAAUCCGCGAUGCGCUGCGGACAAAAAUCAAUGUUAUCAAUAAAUCGGAGGAUGAAAUCAACGAGAUGCAAAGGAUUUUGUACGAGUUGCAGGACGAAAAGAAUGAACUUCUAGCGAAGCUUGAAACACCGAAGGAAUCAUCCGCGUCCAAGGUCAUUGAAAGCGUUUGCCAUUGGCAGAUUGAAGCAGAAAAUCCAAAUGAGCAAGAGUACAAGCAGCUUCUGAAAGAGUUGGAACAGCAGAAGAAGGAAAGAGCAGGUGAAGUGAAAGAGCUGGUUUACUUGCGGUGGAACAAUGCAUGCCUGAGGCACGAGCUGAUUAGAAUGCAUGAGCAACGACAUCAAGAGCGGACACAGGAAGGAGACCACGUCGAACUGGAAUUUGAAGGACGCGGGGGAAUGAUUAAAUAUGAGUCAGAGCAAGAAUUAGAAGAAUCUCCUUUGCCUGGCAAUGGUGCUGCUCAUAGCGAUGGAGCAAGUGGUGGUUGCUCCAGGAGAAGAAAAUUGAUUAAGAGGCUCAAGAGGUGGGUGGAAGGCAGCGAAAAGGCCAAGUUGAAGGCACAAGACAAAGGUAGGCCUUUUGUUUCAUACGGAACAGAGGAACAUCCGGUUCCGGCUAGACGGUCUUGCUCUAGUGCGUGAGCCAUGCAAACCACCCCUCAACAAACUUUGACCCUCGCAUCAAAAUGCGCAUACCGAACUUGGCGGUUGGGUUAGAAAGACCUCUAAUUUCGAGGGUUUUUCAUAUUUCCCCAGCAGAGACGUCAAUUUCCAAUUCACAAGAAUAAUGAAUAUCAUAUAUGGAUAUGUA